AUGGCUCUACUUAUACGAUCUCGAGGACGAAACAUAAUCCGAGCAGCGCUUACUGAGGGGUCAAAGGUCAAGGCCAAAAAUCAGCGCGGUCAUGAGCUGCUGCCCAUAGGACGUGGCCUUACCUCCAAAUAUGGCUUAAAAGAUACGUGCCAGAUUCUCUCUCUCCCUCGUCUCGUUGUCGUGGACACUGAUAAGGCCAACGGGCGUGGGACAACAACUAGCUUGGGGGACGACUACUACCGCUAUGAUUCUAUCGUUCGCUUCGCCAAAGAACUGGCGCUGAACUACUCGACGGUGGAAUACCUCGAGAUCGGCCAGAGCGUUGAGGGCCGGACGCUGUUCGCUCUACUCGUCUCCAACAAGCCAAAAGUCUUGGUGAGGAAAUACAAAAGGAAAAUGAUGCAGCAGGAAAAGCAGAGAGCAGACCGGCCUCGCGAUCCACCUCUUCUGAAAUCGAAAGGCAGAAAAAAGACAAACAGAAUGAAAGGGAAGAAGCAGUUUGUCCUUAUAGAAGCUGGCGCCCACGCUCGGGAGUGGCUGUCCCCGGCGAUGGCGACGUUCCUGGCGCAGAAACUGGCAGACGCCGGGAAGAAGUUCCUGCAGCACGUGGCCGUGGUCCUCGUGCCGAUGGCCAACCCCGACGGCUACGAGUUCUCGCACACCGACGACCGGCUGUGGCGCAAGAACCGGCGCAACACGUCCAAGUCGGAGUGCAAGGGCGUCGACCUCAACCGCAACUGGUCCAAGUCGUGGGGCACGUCCGGCUCCAGCAGCAACCCCUGUUCCGAAAUCUAUCGCGGGCCCCAGAGCUUCUCCGAGCCCGAGUCGCGAGCUCUCCGGGAUCUGGCUCGCGUGUGGAUCAAGAAGUUCACGCUGUUUCUCAGCUUGCACAGCUACGGCAGCUACAUCCUGUAUCCUUGGUCCCACACCCAGACGGCGAGUGCAAGAAAUAGGCCACUGAAGAAUAUUGCAAGGAAAAUUACCAAAUACUUAAAAACUAAUGGCUACAAGAAUUUCUUGUACGGCCAAACAAGCAGCACAUUAUACCAAGCUUCCGGGACAUCUGAGGACUACAUGCUGACAGCUGGGAUAAAGUACGAUUAUACAGUCGAGCUCCCUGGCUUCAGCUUUCAAUUCAACGUCAAGAAGAUCAAGUCCGUUUCGAGAGCUUUUUGGGAAAUGUUAGUCUGCAUCUUCGGCGAUAUUGGGAAGCAGAAGAAAUUGAAGGAAUAUUGCUCGAAGCGAAUUGUCAAGAUAAUGUUGGAAGAUGGGUCGAGUUACAGUGACUGGGUGGAUAAGGAGAUUCCCCUUGAUGAGGCGAAGGACAUCGUUAGAGAAAAGUAUAAGGAAAAACAUAAGAAUAAAGUUCAGACUACAACUGCUGUUAAUACUAGUUUGCCCGCAGCUACAAAGGAAACGAUGGGUGGAUUCUGAUAAAUAUUGU